AUGGUAAGCCUUGAUACACAUACUGCACCUCAGGCCUGCGCGGCGUGCAAGAAACGCAAAGGCGCUCAUUCUUCAUUACCGAGUUUCCCGGCGGUAUUCUUUCUCGACCAUGAUAUGUUCCAAGCUUCCCGCAUGGAGCUUCCGCCCGCCGGGACUCUGCUACCUUCGUACGUUACAACUGAACUCGGGGACUCUACGCAGUCCCGCCAGAUUGCGUCCCAUUUCUUCAGCACCGUUCACCAUUGGAUGCCCAUUGUCUCAAAACGUCGAUUUCUCGAAUGUCACUUGAAUCCACUUACAGCGUACCGUGCUGAUGCAGCACUCCUCUGUCUAAGUAUGAAGUUAGUCUUGUGGACCCCGGUCACCGAUCGUUCUGAUCCACGAACGACGACCUAUCACGCCGCCAAGCGCCACCUACAUGAGCUAGACCUAACUGGAUGCCUGACACUUCUGACACUACAAGCUGCUAUUUUGAUCGCGGUUUAUGAGAUUGGCCAUGCGAUCUACCCUGCUGCCCACCUCUCGGUGACGGCAUGCGCCCAGUACGCCGCAACCCUAGGGCUUGGUUGGACGCAAGUGGAAAGGGGCGGGCGCAGCGCACCUUGGGUGGAAAUGGAGGAGCGCAGGCGCGUGUGGUGGGCUAUCGUUAUCUUGGAAAGGUAUCUCUCGUUGGGAUGGCAUGAGCGCCCCAUUCUUACCGACGGGCCGGCCAGCAACGAACUGCUGCCAUCGGACGAUGCCGCUUGGAAUGCUGAGAUUGAGGCGCCAAAUCACAGGAUGACUGCGAGUCCUGCGACCACCUCAACGGAUAUCAACAUGAGCCCCUUUGCUCGUCUCGCCCAGGCCGCCUAUCUGCUGGAUUGCGUGCAACGUCAUAUAAACGACCGCACGAUGACAGCAAAACAGAGAGACGAGGAAGCUUUCCAUCUGGACAAAGCCCUCCGUGCUUUGAUGACAUUCACAACGAGUGAAAUUGCCCGCAGGCAGAUGCGGCUAUGCUGCCAGAUGGCUCUGUGUCAUAGGUACAUGGUCUCUUGA